GCGCGCUCAUCCCAUCGCUGCCCGGGGACGGCGGCCACGGCGACGCCGGCCGCGGCUACCCGCCCUGCGGCAAGGACCUCGAGCGCUUCUACCUCGCCUCCGCCGCCGACUCCACCAUCCCCGACGAGAUGCAUCAUCUCCUGUCAGAAACAAACAAAAAAACAAAACAAAAACCAGAUUCAUCUGGGCGCGUAGAUGUCCGAGCGUUUGGUGAGACGAAUUGAUCACCGGCGUCAGGACCUGCAGUGUUUCUGCAGAGGCCAAUGCGCUGGGUGUUGACAAUUAGUAGUAGUGUAGCAUGCAGCAUGUGCGCGCUGCAGUACAGAUCCGGUCUCAGAUACUGCUCACGCCUUCGUGCUGCCAGCGGGUGUCCCUCUGAAAUUGGCAAGAGAUACCGUUCUAUGCACGGGCAGGUUGUGGACUUGUGGUGGUGCAACUGAGUGAUCUUGCCACCACAAGCUAGAGCUCUAGAGAUCCGAGUGCACUCAGGUCGCACUAUUGUCGAAGCUAGGGGCUUCUGUAGCUUCGCUCCUGCUUUGAAUCGCUGCCAACAGCUGCUCUGGAAUCGACGUCUCCUUCCUAAACUGUACAAGCUUCUUCCAAAACAUACGGGUUUCUACAUGUAUAUCUUCUUCUAGAGUAUACGGUUUUCUAGAUGUAUAUGACAUAAGCACUUUUAUAUUAAGCUACAUCGUUAAGGUUCUACUUAGUUCGUCUAAUUUUUUAUAAGAAUUUCACACGGAACUGUUCAAAUUCCAAACGAAGCCAAACAUGUAAUUUUCAAAGGUCGCGGAGCUGAUGGUGACGCGGUGCAUAUGGGAGGCAGUGGCGCUGGCGUGGGUGGUGCUGUGGGUCCUGAGCACGCGGGUCGGCACGCUGCUGCUGUGCGGCCGGCUGUGCGUCUCCGGCGAGUUCCCCUACGUCCGCAAGUUCGCCGACAUGCCGCCGGAGACGCGGGAGGCGGCGCUGCAGCGGUGGAACAGGGUGCGGUGGCUGUUCCCGCUCCGGAUCGCCUUCGCCAUCGUCAAGAUCCUCUGCCACUACGUCUUCUACGCCAUGGUGAACGAGAACUCGGAGAACCCGCACUGGAAAGCGAUAGGAUACAGCGUGGAGGAGCCACGGGGAGAUCAGACGGAUGCGACGCCGCCGCCGUCCCGGCUCCUCGACGUUGGCGUUGUGGAGACCAGGCUUCUGAACGACAACGUGUUGCUCAGGUCGCUCGUGGGCAGGGGCCUCACGGUGAAGCCGGCCGCGUCGGACGCGUACCACACGGUGCAGUGCGACGCCGUCAUCGUCGGGUCAGGCUGCGGCGGCGGCGUGGCCGCCGCGGUGCUCGCGUCCGCGGGGUAUAAGGUGGUCGUCGUCGAGAAGGGCGACUAUUUCACCGCCGAGGACUACAGCUCGGUUGAGGGCCCGUCCAUGGAGCGCCUCUUCGAGAGGGGCGGCAUGCUCUGCACGUCCAACGUGACCACGAUGAUAUUCACGGGCGCGACGGUCGGCGGCGGGUCGGCAGUGAACUGGUCCGCCAGCAUCCGUACACCACAGGAGGUGACGCAGGAGUGGGCUCGCGAGCACGGGCUCCCGGUGUUCGCGAGCGCGGGGUACGUGCAAGCCAUGGACACGGUGUGCGCUCGGCUCGGGGUGACCGACGGGUGCCGGGAGGAGGGAUUCCAGAACAAGGUGGUGCGCCGCGGGUGCGAGGCUCUCGGGCUGUGCGCGGACGCCGUGCCGCGCAACUCGUCGGAGGGACACUUCUGCGGGAGCUGUAACUUCGGUUGCCCGACCGGCGACAAGCGCGGCACCGACACGACGUGGCUCGUGGACGCUGUCGCCCGCGGCGCCGUCAUCCUGACUGGCUGCAAGGCCGAGCAUUUCGUGUUCGAGAGCAGCACCAGCGGCCGCGCACGGAGCAAGAAGUGUGUGGGCCUCGUGGCGACGUGCAUGAGCAACGGCAUCACCAAGAAGCUGCGCAUCGAGGCCAAGGUUUCGAUCUCGGCGUGUGGGGCGCUCAUGACGCCACCGCUGCUGCGCAACAGCGGGCUCAAAAACAGGCACAUCGGCCGCAACCUUCACCUCCACCCGGUGUCCAUGGCGUGGGGGUACUUCCCGGAGAACAAGCAGGAGCCGCAGCUGACCGGCAAGUGCUACGAGGGCGGCAUCAUCACCAGCAUGCACCGCGUCACCGAGCGCACCAUCAUAGAGACGCCGGCGCUCGGGCCGGCUGCGUUCGCCGCCAUGGUGCCAUGGGAGUCGGGCCGCGACAUGAAGGAGCGGAUGAGCCGGUACUCGCGCACCGCGCACGCCUUCGCGCUGGUCCGCGACCGCGGCGCCGGGUUCGUGGACGGCGAGGGCCGCGUGCGCUUCACACCGAGCCGCGAGGACGUCGACGAGCUCCGCAACGGCCUGCGCCGCGCGCUGCGCAUUCUGGUGGCCGCCGGCGCGGCCGAGGUCGGCACGCACCGCAGCGACGGGCUCCGGCUUCGGUGCAAGGGCCUGCGCGACGAGGACCUCGAGGCGUUCCUCGACGAGGUGACCAUCGAGAAGGGGCCCAUGCACUCGAUGACGGACAAGUGGGCGCUCCACUCCUCGGCGCACCAGAUGGGCAGCUGCCGGAUGGCCACCAGCCCAAGGCACGGCGCCGUUGACGGCCGCGGCGAGAGCUGGGAGGCCGAGGGGCUGUACGUGUGCGACAGCAGCCUGCUGCCCACGGCCGUUGGCGUGAACCCGAUGAUCACCAUACAGUCCAUCGCCUACUGCCUCUCCAAGGGCAUCGCCGAGUCCCUGGCGCAGGGCAAGAGAGAGUAACCUAUACUGUACGAGUGGAGACGUGACGUGCAACGCGUCAAUGCGUCUGUGCAGCAUCUAUGUGUGCCUGUUAGUCCAGUGUACCGAGCCCGUCGUUCAUUGUGCAGAUGGUUCGCAAUACAGUAUUGUCAGUCGUGGCUCGAUUCUUCCUUGUGUUCUUGUGAAGAUUGCCCGUCAUGUAUGCACCGGAUUCACUGCGUGAAAAGAACAUGGGUGGCAGGUGCUAAUUCUUAUGGGUGAUGAGUUCUGAACUUAUUAUUUUUAACGUAUCAUUGUUGAGUUGU